CAGGAGCAUCGGAGACGUCACUGGGGCGCGGGGAAGGAGGACCGCCGGCAGAGUAGCGGAGACGUCACCGGGGCGUGGGAUAGGAGGAUCGCCGGCGGAGCAGCACCGCAGCGCAGCUGGCGAGAGGCACGCCCUCCACCAGAUCCAGCACGGGGAGGACGAGGCCAGGAGAGACCCCAGGGCGAGAGGAUGAAUCCCGCCGCCGGCCGCCGGCGGGCUUUGCCUGGCGACGUCUGCCGACAGCGGCGAGGGAAGGUGGUCGAGCGGCGGCGGCUAGGGUUCCCGCCCGAGCCGCCUCUAGGGAGACGACGCGGGGGCGCGGGAGCUUCAAUAGGAAUUCGAUCCUCCAAAAUUCCUGCGAUUUUCCCUUGUUCCAAACGGGGCCUAAGUUCCAAGGAAGGACUAGAGAUGCUAUGUGGUAAUCCCAAAUCCCAAGUCACCAAGGUGCUCUUAGGUAGUCUCAAAUCGCAAGUCACAAAAGUUCUUCGCUUGGUCAGUCCAAGCAUAACGAGGCCUUGUUCAUCACGUUCACGUGAACAAAUAUUCCAUUGCACACAUGGUACGUAAAGUGCUACCGAAUUGGAGCGAUAAAUCCGAAGGCUGCAAUGCACAGCUCCAUUAAUCCCAUUGCUCCUAAUCCAAUGUCGUCCCGGCCAGCCGUCGACCCCGAGUCGUCCCCGGCGGCGCAGCAGGCUCCACUGCUCGGCAACGCUGACGGCCGGACACAAACAACAACCGUUGUAGGCAAGGCCCUGAGCAGCACCGCGGACCUCGCGAAGCACCUACCCACCGGAGCCGUGCUGGCCUUCGAAUUCCUCUCGCCGACCUUCACCGCCGACGGCAGCUGCACGGCCGCCAACCGCGCGCUCACCGGCUGCCUCAUCGGCGCCUGUGCCCUCUCGUGCUUCCUCCUCUGCUUCACCGACAGCUACCGCGACGAGACGGGCACCGUGCGCUACGGCUUCGUCACGCCCAGCGGUCGCCUGAGACUCAUCGACGGCGCCCAGCAGAUGCCGCCGCGGGACGAGAGAUACCGGCUCCGCGCGAGGGACGUGCUGCACGGGGUGCUGUCGUUCGUGGUGUUCCUGGCCGUGGCCAUGGUGGACAGCAACGUCGUGGCGUGCUUCUACCCCGUGGAGUCCGCCACGACGAGGCAGCUGCUCGCCGCAGUGCCCAUGUCUGCCGGAGCGGCGGGGAGCUUCUUGUUCGCCAUGUUCCCGUCCACGCGCCGGGGAAUCGGCUUCCCCGUCGCAGGCACGUCAUGAAUCAAUAUUGUUUUAUCAGUUUGUCUAAUUUACAUCUAAGCUUUCACAAAUAACAUAGCACCAAGGAAAAAAAAAGGUUGGGACAAAAAAAAACAGACCAUAAACAUAGUGAACGUCAAGUUAGAUGUGACAUAAUUAUGUCACAUCUAGAUGUGUCCUAGACAAACUCUUGUUUUAUUUUGGAAAUAAUUCGCACACCACCAGAGCCAUCGAGAAAUUUCCGCUUCAGUUGGUGUUAGUUUCUUUACAUUUUCCUCUAAAAUUUCCGCCACCAGGAAGUGAGAGCUACGCUUUGUCUUACCUCUUCCGGUCUUAAUUCCAUUUGAUCAAAGGUGGGAGAGAAUGUCCCUAAACCUGAAAACAAGUGGAGAAAAUAAACGAAAUUAAGACCGGCUGGUGCCCUUGUCGAUCAUGUGCAUGUCUGGCUGGAUUUAAGUAUCGUCUAUGAAUCGUGUGCAUUCUAUCGUGUGUAUAGCACUGCUGUUCCGAAUAUGUGCCCAACGCGUGAUACAUAGCGACGACUUGAAGCAUCACUUGGCACGCUCCGAGGCUCAAUAAAAUGACCUCUGCGGGAGUGCUUCAAGGGAUUAGUUGUUCCCGUGUAGCACCUGCACUACCAGUUUUUACGGCCGGUUGUACGUUUUACAUUCCAAAAAAUAGUAGCAGAUUGUAUCUUCUUCAGAAAAAAAAAUACGGGGCUGUACUAAAAAACAUAGCAAGCGGAUCGCUUGAAACAUGUCAGUUUUUAUUUAUUUUCUGCAGAUUUGGAAAAAUGUCAUGAAUUUGAAUUUUUUUUCACAAGUUGGAAAAUGUACAUAAAUUUUUAAAAACUUUCAUAAUUACAAAAACAAUCCAUGAAUUUAAAAUGUGUUCAUGAUUUGAUGUACAAGAUUAAAGAUGUUCACAAAUUUAAAAAAUGAGCCAAUUACACCAUUGGUGCUAGAACUUGGCACAAAUGAUCACUUUAGUGCUAGAACUUGUGGUGUACAUAUAAGUGGUUCAAAAACUUGGCUUGAUGGUGCAAAUACGGUGUUGCAUAUGCCUGUGUCGCGGACUAGGCGUGCCAGCAUGGCGGGACCCACU